AUGCAAACUCUGUCAAAACCAGUUCAAGAAUCCUCUCAGUAUUUGCCCUCCUUGAUAUUAAGCUGGUACUUGACAGAAUUGACAGUACACCCCUUGCGAACUAAGGCUGCCACUUCCGGAAUUCUUUCGGCCUUGCAAGAGUAUGUCGCGCAAGAGUUAAGUGGUAGUCGUAAGGAAAAGUUAAAAGAGGUUGAAAAGAAAACAAUAUUUGGUAGCGAAAAUAAUGACAGAGUUGUAAAAAUGGCAAUAUACGGAUUCUUUAUUAGUGGUCCACUCGGACAUUUUCUCUUUGAGACAUUAAAUAAAGUAUUUAAAGGACGUACGACCAGUAGCGCUAAAUUGCUCCAACUUAUUGCCUCGAAUUUAAUCAUUUCUCCCAUUCAGAAUGCAGUAUUUUUGGCUGCGAUGGCGAUAAUUGCAGGUGUUAAAAAUCCAGCACAUAUAUAUGGUGCAGUGAGAGCCUCUAUCUGGGGUUUAAUGAAAAUAACAUGGGUUGUUUCCCCAUUAACAAUGGCCUAUGCUCAACGAUUCUUGGAGCCGAAACUCUGGGUACCUUUUUUCAAUAUUGUUGGAUUCAUAUUUGGUGUAGUCGCUAAUACAAAAGCAAAACGCGUACAACAACAAAAGAAUCGAGAUAGGGAAAUACAAGAAAUACCAAAAGAGACUGAAAAGAAGAGAGAAAUUACGACACAGGAGGAUCCUACUAAAAAAGAAAAGUAG